CGGGGCAAGUGGAAAUCCCAGGGUGCAGCGCGACGAUGUAAUGGCGGCCGUUGACUCAUAGCGACUGAAGAGGCGGGAUGAGGCUGGAGUCAAGGGGCGCAUCAGCCUGCGGAUUCUCACCCGCCGACUCUUAACCGUUUCUGUCGCAGAAGAUUUAGCGCCUGGCUUGUUUUCAUGUCAAACAGUUAGUGCAGUUUAUUAUUUUAUUGUUGUGCGCGCUCGGGUGAAGCAGGCUCGAUGGGGCAGCGAGGACGCAGGCCCCGAGUGUCCUUUGCCAAAUAACGUAAUAGCCUUGGAAGACAAACGAGCAUCAUUGUCCUAUACCUUGAAAGGAGAGAGAAUCCCGACACUCGACUUCAAUGGAAAAUCCACAGGACUCACAGGAGCGACCUGUGAAGAAAUCGCGCCAUGAUUUAGAUUCCACAAAUGAGCAAUGUUUAAGGACUGGAGAACUGCAGAACUUAAUAAGACUGCAGAGUCAAACAAAUAGAAAUGAUGUGCAAAAGUCUGAGGCUGGCAGUCUGGCUAGUAAUUUAACUGUGCUGAACGAAGCAGAAGUUAAAAAUGAAGUGGUUCAAAGCAGUGAAUCUGAAACUCCAACAGGGAACACAUCUGUUGAUGUAUAUCCAGGUUCAGUUAUAACCUGCACAGGUUAUAGUCCACGGGUGCCAAAUCAAGAUAACUUGCUAAUGUUUCCUACAAAGCCAUAUCCACACCUUUUUUCUCCACCAAUAGUACAAGCUUCUUAUUCAGGACAGACUCGAUACCCAACAGUGCAACAGGCAGCAUCUUAUACAGCAUAUCCACAACCAAGUCAGCCUUAUGGACUACCUCCCUUCGGUGCAUUGUGGCCUGGUGUGAAAACAGAAGAUGGAUCACCCAGUCAGCCUGGAUACCUCACUUAUAAUACAGGGUUUAGCUCAAACCAAACUAGUACAGCACCUUAUACAUAUCCUGUUCAAGGUACCAGUUUCCCAAGAGCUGGUAGCUAUUCUGGCAGCGCUGCUACUGCUAUUGUUGUCACCAGUGCUGCUAGCCCUAACAGUUCGAAUCAGGAUUAUCCUUCUUACCCACCCAUUGGGCAAAACCAGUAUGUGCCCUAUUUUUCCAAUUCAAAUUAUGGAACCACAACUCCAAACUCUUCACCUGCCAGCAGCACCUCAACAACUGUCACCUACCAGAUGCAAAAAAUGCAAGCAGAGGUUUCCAGUCCAGCAAACCAGGGUUUCCAAUCUGGAGAUGAUGGUACAGUUCAAGGUGUGUCACCCACAAUAGUAAAGGAGCUUGAGGAGCGAUCUCAUAAAACUCCUGGUGGGAAAUCCAGGGGGAAAGGAAAGAAGAGUUGUUCCUCACCACCACCUGAUAAUGAGCUGGAGCGUGUGUUUGUGUGGGACUUGGAUGAAACCAUUAUCAUCUUUCAUUCACUACUUACUGGGUCGUAUGCACAAAAAUUUGGAAAGGACCCAUCAUCAGCAUUGACAUUAGGACUGCGAAUGGAGGAAAUGAUUUUUGAUCUUGCUGACACACACUUGUUCUUCAAUGACUUGGAGGAGUGCGAUCAAGUUCACGUGGAGGAUGUUGCGGCUGAUGACAACGGACAAGACUUAACUAACUACAACUUUGCUACUGAUGGUUUUCAUGGAUCGGUGUCUGGUUCGAGCCUUUCCUCAGGAGGUGGUGUGCAGGGAGGUAUUGAUUGGAUGAGAAAGCUGGCCUUUCGAUAUCGACGUGUGAAAGAAAUGUACAACACAUACAGUACAAAUGUCGGAGAGCUGCUCAAUCCGGCCAAGAGGGAUUCCUUACAGCAGUUAAGGGCUGAUGUUGAAGUUUUAACUGACUCCUGGCUAGCAACUGCAUUGAAAUCACUAUUGCUAAUUCAGUCAAGAAGAAACUGUGUUAACAUACUGGUCACUACAACACAACUAGUUCCAGCUCUGGCUAAAGUGUUGCUGUAUGGACUGGGUGAAAUUUUCCCCAUUGAAAACAUUUACAGUGCCACAAAAAUAGGCAAAGAAAGCUGUUUUGAGCGCAUUGUGUCCAGAUUUGGGAAGAAAGUUACAUAUGUAGUCAUUGGGGAUGGUCGGGAUGAGGAGUAUGCAGCUAAACGGCACAACAUGCCAUUUUGGAGAAUAUUGAAUAAUGGUGAUCUGGUGUCAUUGUAUCAAGCCCUGGAAUUGGACUACCUGUGAACAGCUGGGAAGGAACAAGAAGCUGAGCAACUGCAACAGAUGCCUUGCACCAUGUUUGAGGAUGGACCACUAAUUUCAUUCAUAGUGAUUCUUGUUUAACCCAGAACAAACCAGUUAGGACUGUGGGCAGUCGAACUAUGCGAACGAUCUGCUUAUUAAUGUCAGGCGUUAACUUAACAAACAAACAAACACACACACAUACGAAAACACACUCUGCAGGAACUCUAGAAGGUUAAAUUAUCACCCCUUUUUUGAAAAAAAAAAAAAUCUGUUCACAUAGAUCAAAAUUUCUAUAUGGAUGUUUAAAGGAAGAGAAGAUCCUGUGCUGGACUAUAGCCAAGUAAGUGUCUGCUCCAUGUUAAAUGCACUGAAACCUCUGCAGGCAUUAAUAUUGAGGCUUUGUGCAAAACAUUCUUUGGAAGCUUUACUGUAUAAAUGUUUCUGAAUAUCCGUACUUCAGCAUUAUCUACAGACCAACCCAGAUCUAGCAGUGAUUUAUUACUGGGAAGCUAGGCUGCAGAAAUGCAUUGGAGAUUUAUUUGGCGAGAAGUAUAAAGGAGCAGUUUUAUCUUUUUGUUUUAAACAGACCUUCAUUUCAGUUGGGGGUCUUUUUAAGUGUAAUUCUGUGUAGUUUUUAAUAAACAUCUUUGUGGUUGUAUACCAAUUCUGAAUGUUCCCAAGGUGAUACGGUGCCACUCAGUACCAGAUCGAGCCUCAAAUACAGAAGUGAACCUUUUCAGUUUGACACUACUUGACAGUAGUAGAGGAGGGAGAUAAUAUGCUGAUCUUGAUGUGGUGUAAUCUUUCCCUUCCUUUGACCCUCAGAAGUUAAAUUGCUUCUUUCUAUUUUUUUGUCAGUGACGGAAUCACUAUAUUAGCGAUUUCCUAUUGUUAGCAGCUCCACUCGGAUUGUUCUUUAAGCAUAUUUUUAUGAUAUUACAAGUGGACUUUGCUAUUACUCUUUUUAUAGUCAAACGCCCCAUAGGAAAUAUCUGGUUUGAGCAAUUUGGAUAUUUGAGAUGCUGGUAAUAAUGUGAAUGAAUGAAUGAAUAAAAAACAUAGAAAUAC